AUGUCGCAGACAAUCUCCGCCAUUCUCGACUCGCAAACCUCCCUCGUUCAGGCUGCGGCAGAAGCGCUACCGCACCAGUUCUCUCAGUGUACCCACGCCCUUGGGCAUAUCCGCCAGGCUGUCUACCUCUGCCUUACCUGCGCCGUCCCGCGUGGGAUCUGUGCGGCAUGCUCUAUCGCCUGCCACACUGACCACGAGCAGCUGGAGCUGUUUCCAAAGCGCGCUUUCCGCUGUGACUGUCCCACCGCCGCGCUCGCGCACCUCUGCGCGCUCCACCGCACGCCCGAGCCAGAGAACACGCGCAACGCGUACGGCCAGAACUUCCGCGGCGCAUUCUGCCGCUGCGGCCGCGCGUACGACGCCGCGCGCGAGCGCGAGACGAUGAUCCAGUGUCUCACUUGCGAGGACUGGUUCCACGAGUCAUGUCUUAGCCUCCGCGAGCGCCCUCUCUCUCGCGCGUCCACGCCCGAGGCGGGUGUGCCCGCGCAGGAGGUGGACGAUGCUGCCUCGGAGGCAUCGUCAAAUGACCUCCCGCCUCCGCUCAUUCGUGCCGACAACUACGAUGCGCUCAUAUGCGCCGCGUGCGUACGGUCGAUCCCCGUUGUGCGCCGGUACGCGGGGACGCCGGGGGCGCUCAUGGUCGUGCGCGACGUUCCCGGCGGCCCGUGGAGCGUCAUCGGACGGGAAGCUGAGAGCGGUGCGAACGUGGAAGUCGAGACGGUGGAGGCGCGGAAAGGCUUGGACACCGGCGUUGGGGAGAAGCGGGCGCGCUCGCCCACAAAGGGCGAGAGUGACGCGCCGAAUGCGAAGCGAGCGCGUGUCUCGCCUGAGGCGUCGUCCUCUCCGGCGUGCCUCGCCCCGCCAGUGAAUUCUCUCGCGCAACAGAUUUUUGAUAAGUCAUUGAGCAAAAUGGAUGGUGCGGCUACGAGCUCGGGCGAGGAGGACGUGUGUGGUGAGGGCGACGUUUUUCUGACUGAGGGAUUUCGGGACCGUUGGUGUCAAUGCUCCUCGUGCUUGUUAUCAUUCGAAACAUACCCAUGCCUGCUCGAGGAAGAAGAGACAUACGAGCCCCCAGAGGAUCCAGACUCCGGUCUCUCCCUAGAGGAACUCGGCAUGCGCGCUUUGCUGCGGCUGCCCCGCGAGCGCGCUCUAGAUGGCAUCAGGGCGUUCAACCAGAUGCGAGACGAGCUCAUGAGUCACCUGCGUCCAUUCGCCCAGGAGGGCAAGGAGGUCACGGAAUCGGACAUACGCGCGUUCUUCGAGGAACGCAUGGCGGCAGCACGAGGAGGCGUGGGCGAGAGUUCUUGA